AUGGCGGCCGCAAUUCGGGUGUGUAUCCGGCCCUCUGUGGACGAGCGCCACAAGCCAGUGCAAGCCGCAAUCGAGUCACAUCUCAGGCGCCUGGAGGCCGAUCUGGUCAACAUGGGUGCCCUGGAACUGCUGCAUCUCGACGACUGGGAGGCGCAGCUCCCAGCUGAUGAUCUCCCGCUCUUCCUCACAUUUGACCUCAUCAAGCGGCAUGAUCUCAUCGUGGCAUUUGUGUCUCAAAAGGACAUCGAAGCACAGCUAGCGAGCAUUCCCGAUAUCCAAGGCGAGCUGCUUGAUAUCCGCGCUGCCAUGCCAAAUCUCAACCCACGGCACCGCACAUAUGCCGAGGAAUACCUCCUGUACACCAUCGACGUUGGCACGCCGCUGGUGGUUGUUGCCCUGCCACCUGGCAGCUCUGACGGCAGCGGUGGCCGCGGGUACAGCGGUAGCAACACCAGCAGUAACAACAACAACACCAGCAGCAACAACGGUAGCAGUGCCUCUUCAGCCUACUCGCAGCUGAUCAAGCAGAUUCGCGACGCCUGUGCAACAGCGAAGCCAAUACCAACACCAGCACCUUUGUCCAUAUCGUCAUCCACAUCGUCCACAUCCACAUCAUCGUCGUCGUCGUCGUCGUCGUCGUCGUCGUCAUCGUCGUCGUCGUCGCCGUGCUGCUGGCUUGAGGAGGUCACGCCGCCCGCAUCGCCAUCACCAUCAUCACCACAUGCAAGUGACAGAAGUGACGUCUUUGCGACGACUGCUACAGCAGCCUCGUUUGCAACGCCGUCACAAGCGCUGCUGCUGCAUCUUACACGUGUGCUCGAAUCCUUGGCCGCAACCAUGCUGGCCAAAUACACGCUGCCAACGCACCCAUACAGCUUUCACAGGAUGAUCACGGCCGGUCUGUCGUCACAGCCGCUUCGCCCAAAGUCGACCAUUUGCGAGACUGAACUCUUGAAGUCCAUUGACAGCGGCGCCCGCGUGGUGAAUGUUCAUGGACCUUUUGGUGGCGGAAAAUCCCUCCAUGUGGCCCAGAUUGCCCUCAACCUUCUUCAGCGCUACCCAAACGCCAACCUCGUCACGCACAUGUGCGCUGCGACGAGCACGUCGAAGCGUGCGCACGACGUCGUGUCAAGCAUCUGCACGCAACUUGGGCUGCGCGACCGCACCGCUGACCUCGCCGCAUCCGUCGGCACAGCCCGACACCAGGCCUUUUCGACCAUUUGCGAGACUGAACUCUUGAAGUCCAUUGACAGCGGCGCCCGCGUGGUGAAUGUUCAUGGACCUUUUGGUGGCGGAAAAUCCCUCCAUGUGGCCCAGAUUGCCCUCAACCUUCUUCAGCGCUACCCAAACGCCAACCUCGUCACGCACAUGUGCGCUGCGACGAGCACGUCGAAGCGUGCGCACGACGUCGUGUCAAGCAUCUGCACGCAACUUGGGCUGCGCGACCGCACCGCUGACCUCGCCGCAUCCGUCGGCACAGCCCGACACCAGGCCUUUCAUGUGUUCAGCAAAGGCGAGCACUUGGAGGUGUGCACGCGCUUCUACAUGACAUACGCACAGAUCCGCUUCCCCGCCGUCGUCACAUCAUCGUCAAAGGCAAAAGCGAGGGGCAAUGCAACGUCAGCCACAGCAAAACAUGCAUCAUCAUCGUCGUCGUCAUCAUCAUCAUCAUCAUCAACGUAUCGCACCCGCGGCUCAUCCUCGGCCCACCGCAACUUUUGCUUCCGCCGCCCAAUCUACAUCCCAUUCCAGUACCUGAAGCGGGUGGAAGGGAACACGUUCAAGCUGGUUUGCGACUACCAGUGCGAGACCGAAGAGACAACGCUUGCCUGCAAGCUCCGUGCUGGCGAUUUGGUCAACGUGCGCGCGCUCAAACACAACGUGCCGGCCUAUGUCGUCAAGUCGCUCCGCUCCAAGCGGUUUGGGGUGUUUCCUGGCAUGCACCCUGUACAUGUGUUCAGACACUUCACAGAGGACCAGCUCUCCACAGACACACGUGCAGGCACGUGGCAGAAUGGGGACGACGACAACAGCGGCGGCGGCGGCGGCGGCGGUGGUGGUGGUAAUGGUGUUGUUCGUGGUGGUGAAGCGAAGGAGGCGUCAUUGUUGGGCCCGAAAUCCCGAGCCAAGAGCUUGACGGCACGGCCACACCUGCCCUCCUUUGAAGCCACCAUGGGCCAGCCGCCCGGAGACGAUGCUCAACAACAACAGCAGCAGCAGCAGCAGCAGCAGCGGCGGCCACACAGAAAACUUCCCGAGCGCCGCAGCUUUGAUGAUGCGUCGACCGCGAGCAAUACCGCAGAUGGCACAGACACACGAACAGCAACCACUCAAACGCUCGGCAACGCACUCGAGCGCCAACAGCAGCAGCCGCGCCCUCUGCACACCCCAUUCCAUCAACAACAGCAGCAGCAGCCGCAUCAUCAUCAUCAUCAUCAUCAUCAUCAUCAUCGAUCGAUGAGCAGUGGUCGCCACGCAGCCUCGCGUGAAGGCUCGCUGGCACCGCUGAAGGAGGCGGUGGCAAUGACAGCAGAGGAAGCAGCCAUGUCGCAGCAGCCACCAGCCAUCGUGCUUCCAUCGUCGCUGUCACAGUCCUCACCACCGCCAUCACCAUCACCAUCGGCGCAGGCGGCAACGCAUACCAACGCAGACCAUGCCAGCCCCUUCUCUUCAAUGGGCAGCAGCACCGAAGACAGUAACCGUGGUGGUGAUGGUGGCGAUGGUGAUGAUGAUGAUGCUGAUGAUGGAUAUGCGGCAAACAACGGGCCGUCCCGUACGGUGUCCAAUUCCGGGCGACGUCGGAAGCGGCGUCCGCGCUCCAACACGUAUGGGGGCGUUGCGCAUGCCCCGCCGGCCGUUGGGUCCUCCCUCCGCACCAUGGCCACAGCACGCAAUUCCGGCAGCACGGCCCGAGGUGCGCACAUGCGGCUGUCGCUGUCACCACGCGCCGCCCCCGGCAUCGACCUGGGCACGCGCGUUGUACCGAGCACAACAGCAAUGUCAUCAACAGCGACAACACCGGGGACAACUGCAGCGUCGUCGCCUGGCAACUCUCCGCCACGUCCGACGUCAAAAACAACAACAACAGCAACAACAAUAGGAGGGACGGCGAAUGCGGCCACGGAUGCUGCUGGUGCGAUGACCCGAGGCGGUGAGCAACGCAAGGGCAGGUCAAGUGGCGGCACCUCGAACCAGCUCGGCGUGCGGCUGCUCCCUGCUCGCCCGCGCAGCCGCAGCGUGUUUGACGGCGACCACGUUGCCCCCAUGUUCAACGUGCCCAGCAUGUCCACAGAAUACCUCAGUCGCUCCCCGUCUACGCAUCGCCUGUCGUCGUCGCAGCUGGGCGCUGACAGCGCCAGCGCUAGCACGACCUCGCACGCACACCACAUGUCGCACACGCAGUCCCAGUCACAGGCGCUAUCGCCGUCGCAACCACACCAACCGCACGCACACGAUGUUCGUACCCCUGGCCACGGCCACUCUGCUAGCGACCUGUCACCAGGACACGCGCGGGCGAGCACAGGCCGGAGCGCUGGACGAAUCCCCGCAGCGCGUGAACACAGCGAUGAUGGCGACAUCGGUGGCAGUGACACCCACCGCCGCCAGUGGCAGAGCGGCAAGAGCGUGCCUUCAAACGCCAUGUCACCAACCGCCUCAACAACAGCAGCAGCAGCAGCAACUGCAGAACAGGCACCAACAUCGUUGUCACACAGAACGCGCGGGCGGACGCGUCGGCGCAAGAACACCAAUCCAGACGCACCGCCGCCGCUGCCUCACCUCCUCACUGGCAGCGCCGCCACCAUUGCCACCACCAACCACGGCGAGCACGAUGAAGGCAGGCCACACCCGCUGGCCACGCCUCGUCUUGCGCUGCUUGCGGAUCGCAGCGGCAACGGCACGAGUGGUGAUGGCGGUGAUGGCGGUGAUGGUGACGAUGACAGCGAUGACAGGUCGAGGCGGGGCCGGCGAGCCAGCAGUCCCGGCUUGAGCGCAAGUCCACCGCCAACGCUGCGCCGUGUCCGCAGCCGCAGCAGCAGUCGCCCCGGCAGCCACAACGCCAGCCGCCCUGGCUCGCGGGCUGGGAGUCGACCAGGGAGUCGUGCUGGCUCGUACCGCGGUCGUGGUCGCCGCCGCCGCGCGUCAAGUACGCCGUGCGGGCUGUGGGCUGUCGGCACCAUCAUUGCCCCAGAAUGUUACGUCAAGUUUACUGCUGGGCGGUAUCUGUGUGAGAGCUUUGAGCUGAAGCCUGGGGAGCAGGUGCGACUGCUGCCUGGCCGCCUCCCCGUCUCACUGGUUGGCAAGCUGACGGAGAUGAAGGCGCCGGCGACCCUUGCCCCCGCCACUCCACCUACAACCGGUGACGCGUCACAACAGCAACAGCAACAACAGCAGCAGCAGCAGCAGCAGCAGCCAGGAGCCGGCGUUGGUAUCGGUGCCGGUGCUCCGAGCGAUGUGCGGCAGCAGCAGCAGCAGCAGCAACAACAACAACACUGCGUCCGGCGAAACCCGAAUGCAACGCGGCCAAUUUGCGUUCACGACUGCCUGGCGUUCAAGGGCGGGUGGCAGGGAGAACGGCUGUGGAAGCGCAGCAUGUGCUGUGAGAUCCCGACAGCAUACCUUGACAAGUGUCGCCGUGAACGACUUGUGGCGCUGGAGGAGGCGGCAGACAUGCUCAGCUCCAUGGACAGGGGCGAAGUUGCACCCGGCACCAGUGAUGGUGACGCUAGCGACGCUGUUGGCGGGCGUGACGAUGGUGACGACCGUACGAGUGCUGGUGAUGGUGGUGGUCGUCGUGACGUGUUGACACCUGAGGGGCAGAGUGGCCGCUUCAAGAGCAGCCACGCCGACGAUGGCGGUGGCGGUGGUGGUGAUGGUGACAACGGGACGGGCGACGUCCGAGAAAGCAAGCAAAGACCGAUGAUGAGCACAGCAGUGGUGGCGCUGUGCGGCGGCAGCGACAGCGUGGUCGUGGCGGCAAUGCGGGACCUCCGCCUCCACCGCAGCUGACCACGACUUCUGCUUCCACGCCCACCGCCGCCACCUCACGUUCACCACCACCAACAGCAACAGCAGCAGGCCCACCAGCGCCAAGCUUUGACGUU